AUACAACCUGGCCAGCUGGGCCCGCCACUCAACAACAGCAUCUCCAUCUUUCCACCGCAAUACCCAUACACCUUCGCGCAGCUACAAACAUCAUUCAAGAUGGUUGGCUUGACCUCAGCUGCAGGAGUCGUCGGAUUCCUGACCGAACCAGACGCCGCCCUGCGUGCUUUCGCCCUGAACAGACUGAAUGAGGAAAUCGACCUACUGUGGCCGGAAGUUGCGGGGUCCGUCAGUCAGAUUGAGGCUCUUUACGAAGAUGAGUCGUUCCCGGAACGAGAACUGGCAGCUCUUGUCGCUGCAAAGAUCUACUAUCAACUCCAAGAAUACAACGAAAGCAUGGUUUUUGCGCUCGGUGCUGGUAAACUCUUCGACAUUCACAAUUCAGGAGAAUUCGAGGAGACAAUCUUGGCCAAAUGCCUGGAUACCUACAUUGCGCUAUCGGCGAUGCAUAACCCCCCCACACCGAUAAGCCGUGCAAAUCACGCCCCACCUCAAUUAAUCACCUCCUUCGACAAGGCUGCGACUGGGAAUGGAAGCACAUCAGCUGGAUUGACCUCCCCGAUAACGCCCUUUUCACAGUCUGCGUUACCUUCAAAGUCUCUGCUCUCCCGAGAGGACUCGUCGACUUUCGACCCUACAAUUCCUGGUGGCGGGAACGCUGGAGUGGCGGGAGCACACCCAACCCCCCUAAUUCUCCAGCGAAGCGUUCAGAAGAACCUUCAAGGCACUAUAAGGCGCAUCUUCGAGAGUUGCUACGAACAGGGUGAUUACAAACAGGUUGUCGGCAUCGCUAUCGAGGCACGGAACUUGGAAGUCCUGCGAGAGUGCUUUCUUCGUGCCAGUCAAGAUGAGAAGAAGCAGGGGAAAAAACCUGCAACUGGCUCGUCCUCCAAGAGUGAAGAACUCAUGGAGUACGUUCUCGAUAUUUGCAUGAAUGUAGUGCAAGAGCGUGGAUUAAGGAACGAGAUUCUCAAGCUCAUUCUCGACCUCCUCAACGACAUUCCCAACCCUGACUACUUCUCGAUCGCCAAGUGUGUGGUAUACCUGAAUCAACAUUCGAUGGCUUCAAAUCUCAUCCGUCAACUUGUCGAGCGAGGCGACGGUAAAUCUCUGGCUACGGCAUAUCAGAUCUCUUUCGAUCUCUACGAGAACGGCACCCAGGAGUUCCUUGCAAAAGUUAUGGAGGAGCUUCCUACAGACGACAAGAACGAGGAGAACACGACAGAGAGUGGCGAUGCUUCACAGAAAGCAGCAUCUGAUGAGGCAGGAGAAGGCGAUGGUCUGCUAUCUAACGUUGACACCAGUAAUGUCUCCACAGUUGUUUCGCGCACCAAGCAAAAGCCGUCUUCCGAAGAUGAGCUGAAGGCCUUCUCGCUUGUUCGCGACGUUCUUCAAGGUACCAAGAGCAUUGAGCUCAACCUGGAGUUCCUUUACCGCAACAACCACGCAGACAAGAGCGUACUCAACAAGAUUCGUGAUAGUUUGGAGUCCAGGAACUCGAUCUUUCACUCUGGUGUCACAUUUGCGAACGCCUUCAUGAAUGCGGGAACAACAAACGAUACUUUCUUCCGAGAAAAUCUGGAUUGGCUCGGGAAAGCCGUCAACUGGUCCAAAUUCACAGCCACAGCCGCUUUGGGUGCUAUACACCGGGGUAACAUUACCCAGGGAAAGAAGCUUCUGGAGCCAUACCUACCCAAGGACGCGGUCACUUCCGGCUCCCACUACGAACAGGGUGGUUCCCUUUACGCGCUAGGCCUGAUCUAUUCAAACACUGGAACACAUGUCCUGGACUAUCUGCUCAAGCAAUUCAAGGAUGCGUCCGAAGAAGUCAUUCAACACGGAGGCGCGCUUGGUUUGGGUGUCGCCGGAAUGGCCACGGGUUCUGAGGAGAUCCUCGAAGCUUUCAAGACAGUUCUCUACACUGAUUCCGCUGUCAACGGUGAGGCCGUCGGUCUCUCGAUGGGUCUUGUCAUGCUCGGCACUGGAAACAUCCAAGCUUUGGAGGACAUGAUUCAAUACGCCCAUGAGACUCAACACGAGAAGAUUGUGCGUGGUCUAGCGAUGGGCAUGGCGUUGAUCAUGUACGCUCGCCAAGAGGCUGCAGACGAACUAAUCAACGGUUUACUUGACGACCCGGAUCCAACACUUCGUUAUGGAGGCAUCAUGACCAUUGCGCUUGCAUACUGUGGAACUGGAAGCAAUAAGGCCGUUCGAAGGUUGCUCCACGUUGCAGUCAGCGAUGUCAGCGACGACGUCAGGCGAGUGGCUGUGAUGAGUUUGGGUUUUGUCCUCUUUAGAAAACCCGGCAGUGUUCCUCGCAUGGUCGAGCUUCUUGCUGAAUCUUACAACCCACAUGUCCGCUACGGUGCGACCAUGGCCCUUGGAAUCGCAUGCGCAGGUACUGGUCUCGAUGAGGCUAUUGAUCUCUUGGAGCCUAUGAUGAAGGAUUCUACCGACUUCGUACGACAAGGUGCUCUGAUCUCUCUCUCCAUGAUCAUGAUACAACAGAAUGAAGCCAUGAACCCCAAGGUCGCCACCAUCCGAAAGACGCUUACCAAGGUCAUUGGUGACCGCCACGAGGAUGCCAUGGCCAAGUUCGGUUGUGCUCUGGCGCUUGGAAUCAUCGAUGCUGGAGGCCGUAACUGCACAAUUGGACUUCAAACACAAACCGGCAACCUCAACAUGUCGGCCAUUGUCGGUAUGGCCGUCUUCACACAAUAUUGGUACUGGUUCCCCUUGACGCAUUUCUUGUCCUUGAGUUUCACACCAACCGCAAUUAUUGGUGUCGACCAGGAUCUCGAGAUUCCUUCGUUCAAGUUCCACAGCAACACAAAGCCAAGCAUGUUCGACUACCCACCGGAAGCAGAAGUAAAGACAGAGGAGGCCCCGCAAAAGGUGAAGACUGCUGUCCUUUCGACCACAGCACAGGAUAAGCGACGGAAAGCUGUGAAGGCUAGGCAACGUCAUGAGAGUAUGGAUGUCGACCAAACCCCCACAACACCCAAAAUCACCGAUGACGAUAAGAUGGAUGUCGACGAGGAAAAGAAGGACGAGAAGGAUGAUGAGAGCUCCCCAGCUGCUGAGACAAAGAAGAAAGUGGAAAAGGAGAAGAUCGGCUACGACCUAGAGAACAUGUCACGUGUGCUGCCCGGUCAGGUGAAGUACAUUAGCUUCCCUCAAGACAGAUAUGUUCCCGUGAAGAAGGCAACCGGCGGUGUCAUAUUGCUUGCUGAUACAACGCCUUCCGAGCCCAAAACGCUGCUGGAGUUGAAAGUCAAGAAGGCUGCACCAGUACCCACCCCUGGUGGUGCUGGACCUUCUGGUGAACAAGCAGCUGCCGGGGUAUCAGCGCCCCCCACAUCUGCACCUGUGAAUGAUAACAUGGUGGAUGAGGGCAGCGAGGAGGCAUCUGUUCCUACUGAGUUUGAUUACCAGUCGGAUACAGGCGAUGCUGAUGAAGAUUAGGGGAUCAAUCAGCGAAUAGCUAAUUUAUUAGUUUACAUCUGGCUGAUCGUAUGGAGAUGGCGAGGGCGGUAUCGAUGGCUGAGGGGAUAGGUGAUGUGAGUUCGCUGUUUGUACCAUCAUGCAUUAAUUGAGGCGAGGCUUGCCUAUGUUAGACUUCCUGAGCAAUGUAAAAUAGCCCCAAAAACAUUCUUGAGUUCCAAUCAUCCAGUGUCUGCUCAACGUCUGAUACUCCAAAAUAUUACAAGUCGGCGCAUGAAACUAAAUCGAUGCAGACAUGGGAGUAAUCUGUGUAGAGAACCAUCCAACCACGCACUAUUGAGCCACGGAUCAAGUUAUAUACAUU